AAGGUUUUUUAUUAUUUUUUAAUGAAGUGCGCGUGAGAUUUAUCACCGUCGUGUUCUGGUCAUCAUGCCGUACGACUCCAUGAGUAAAUUGGGCUUUCAAGUGGUGAAGCAGGGUGCUGAAGCGAAGCUUUGGAGUGGAACAUUGUUCGGAAUGAAGUGUUUGGCCAAGGAGCGAUUUCCCAAGAAAUACCGCCACCCGGAACUCGACGAGAUUUUGACCAAAGACCGGUUGCGGGCUGAGGCCCGAAAUCUUGCCAAAGCCAGAGCAUUAGGAAUUUUGGCGCCAGCGGUGCUUUUUCUGGACCUCGAGCGAAACGUUCUCUUUCUCGAAGAAAUCCCGGAAGCCCGAACCAUGUCCUCCGUCAUAGAAACCCGGACUGCUAGCGUAUCCGACCUGGGGUCUUCCGUGGGUGAAAUCGUGGGUCUCCUGCAUCGCCACGGGAUUAUCCACGGGGACCUGACCACGUCGAACCUGUUGCUGGAUCCGGAUCAACGCCUUUACAUCAUCGAUUUCGGUCUCUCCGAAGCGUCGACUGCCCCGAUGGAACGAGCAGUUGACUUGUACGUGCUUGAGCGAGCAGUGACGAGUGCGCAUCCGGGAAUCAGUCAAGACUUUUUGAAAGCCGUGUUCGCGAGAUACAAGGAAGUGUUUCCCGGAGGCGAGUCCACGUUUCCGGUGUUGCGUGAAGUGCGGAGUCGCGGGCGGAAACGAGACAUGGUGGGAUAAAAAAAAAAUUAAGAAGGAAGAAGAAGCGCAUCUCUUUUUUUUGUUGUGUUCGUGUGUCUUCCUGUUUUUCGUUUCUUUUUACUGUACUGUGUAUACCCUGUGGGCCGGUGUCUCGUCGUUUUUAUUCUUGACCAGUUUUGAGUCUCUUUAUUGCACAGGAACCACUUUGGAGUAUUUUUUUCUGGGCUUUUUUCUUUCCUUCUUUCUUUCUUGUCAAGUACAGUAUGCAUC